AUGCAGUUCAAGACCCUUUUCGUUGUUGCCUUUGCCGGCCUUGUCAUUGCCGCGCCCAUGCCCGCCACGCUGGCUGAACGCAUCAAGGCCAACGAGCGUGGCACUACCCAGUGCUCGAAGCAGGGCAAUGGAGCCCUCUGCCAAGACUUCCAGGGCGGUAUUUGCACCAUCGGACCCAACGGCAAGGGCGGCACCUGUCUCUUCUAA